GUUUAGUAGUAGAAAUAAUAGUACUAUUGCAGUAUACAAAAUUAUAUUUUACGACAGUUGAUCGAUCAGGGAACUCCUCAUAUCCUGCACAAUGUCCAUCGGUUGCAUCGACUGGUCCUGUCCUCGGUUUCGCUGGAGCUUAAAGAUGGAUUCGACCACAGAAAUUUCCGUCCCGGUCGUGUCUAGCCCACAAAAGGCGGACCAAUCGUUGACCACAAGUCCCCCACCCAAGACGUCGGAUCCACGGUUGACGGUUCCAGCUACCAGUGGGAUCUGCASCAGCGACGAGAGUUCCUCCAUGUCCUGGACGGUCGUUCGGGGGUGGACCAUACCUCCCUGGUUGGAAAUGUUCAUGUAUGUCCCGACCAGAGCCUGCCCCCCGACGGUCUGUCGAAAGACCUCAACGCCCAGUACAUCGGAGAUAAUCUCCUCCGUUUCCCGGUCCGUGUCGGGGUGUAUGAGUGCGACAUGGUCGUUGGUGCAGAUGACGUUUCCCAGGGCCGACAAUCGUUCCUCGACGCGCUGGACGACAACCUUGUCGGGCAGGGAGUUUCGGAGGUGCUGCAAUUCCUGGUCCGUGGUGGUGUUGGGGACGAGCAGGCCCCGGACGUUUCCUGCAGUGGURCGCCCUACAUACCGUCCCCCACCGAUCGUAGCGUGGAUGACCGGGAUGUGCUCAAUCAGCUCGGCUUCCAGGGUUGAGUAGAAAUUCUCCGACCCCCCGAUUCCGGCCAGGGCAUAUGAA